CACUCUUCAACACUCCUAUAGUUAUUCUUAUUCUCAGAAUGGCCUCCUUUGCCGUCAAAUCCCUCGACCAUCUCGUCCUGACUGUCCGCUGCAUUCCCACGACGGUCGCCUUUUACACGACCAGACUGGGUAUGCGACACGAAGUGUUUACUUCGCCUUCCAGCCCUGACAUCCAGCGACACGCUCUUCUCUUUGGCCAGCAAAAGAUCAACCUGCACCAGCUGGGCAAGGAAUUCGAGCCGAAAGCAAAGAAUGUCACCCCUGGCAGUGCGGAUUUGUGUUUCCUGACGGAGGAGCGGGUGGAGAGUGUGUUGCAGGCACUGAGAGAGGCUGAUAUCGAGGUCCUGGAAGGAAACAAGGUGGUGGAACGGACUGGGGCGGUUGGCAAAAUCCGCAGCGUGUACUGUCGCGAUCCAGACGACAACUUGAUCGAAAUCUCCAACUACUAGACCAGAUAGCUCAUCAAUAUCAUCAUCUCGUGCGGACAUCGGAUCGAUAGUGCCUCGAUAGUUCCGCGUUUGUGUUCCGCGCCGAUCAUGCCGAUCCAUGGUCUUAGUCCCAGUCCCCAAUCCUAAUUUAAUUUAUUUCAUCCAAAUCCCUCAAUUCUCUUUUCAUCUGUGCUCUCUCAUCCAUGCAUCAUGUUUUCCCGCGAUCCUUCCACGGGUAAGCGAAAGGUGCC